AUGAAUCUAGAUUUUACGAUACCUCCCUCCUUACCUAUACAUAUACAAGAGAAAUUAAAUUCUUUGAUUCAAGACUAUAAAGAUGAAAACCUAACUAUUAAAGGAUACGAGACUAAGAGAAAACGCCUUCUGGAACCAUACAUACAUGAUCUCAAAACAACCGUCCCUAGCAAAACACCAACUAAUAUAGACAGAAAACACACAGUACAUAUCACAGGUCGUAACCAAAGUCUCUCUUCUACCUUAUUGGAAAGAACUAUAACUCCCUCUACACCAAUAAAUUCCUCGAAUAAUUUAACAUCAAUAGAUAAUUUUUCUAUAUUAUCGAUUACAAGGUCCCGAUAUAAUUAUUAUAACAGCAUCGACACACCACAAUCUAUGUAUAAUGUAGCUACAAAUUCAUCUAUUUUUAAUACACCAGGUAGACCAAAAGUAUCACAUAGACAUGCUUCAUCUAUACAAUUGUCUUUACCAAGUCACGAUAUCACAGAUGAUAAAAACAACUAUCUUCCUAUGAUACCAUUAUUACCAAGGAAUGUGAAACAGCCAAUAUCAUCUAAAGGUAAAUCAUUUAAUUUUGAUAACCAAUUACCUUUUUCCUUAUUACCUAUAUUAAAAGGUAGAUCUCAAUUUAACGAAGGACAGACAGCUAUUAUAUCUUUAAAUGUAAAAGGUAAAGAAACUUAUAUCACAUGGGAUAAAUUGUAUUUAAGAGCAGAAAAAGUAGCUCACGAAUUGAAAAAGACAAAAUUGUACAGAAUGGAUAAAUUAUUACUUUGGUAUAAUAAAGAAGAAGUUAUUGAAUUUACAGUUGCAUUACUUGGUUGCUUUAUUGCAGGGAUGGUAGCUGUUCCCAUUUCUUUUGAAACUUAUUCCUUACAAGAAAUAGUGGAAAUCAUUAGGCAAACUAAUUGUAAGCAUAUCCUAAUAUCAAACGAAUGUUAUAGACAACUAGAUAAUUUACAUUCACCAACUCAUAACACAACUAUCAAGAUAAGUAGAAAUGACAUGUUCAAGAACAUCUCAUUUUUAAAAACCGAUGAUCUAGGUACAUAUUCAAAAGCCAAAAAACAACCUUCAACAUUUGAUAUAUCUACUAUUGCAUAUAUAGAAUUUACCAGAACACCAUUAGGAAGAUUAUCUGGUGUAGUUAUGAAGCAUAAUAUCUUAAUGGAUCAAUUUGAUUCAUUGGCUGAAAUUUUAGAUUCUAAAAAAAUGCCUUAUUGGAAAAAGAGCCAUAUAUGGAAACCAUAUGAUAAGAGAAUACCAGUGACAUUAGCUACUAAAGAGAAAACAGCAAGAUUUACUGUUCUAAAUAGUUUGGAUCCCACUAGAUCAACUGGAUUAGUACUUGGUGUUUUGUUUAAUGUUUUUACUGGGAAUUUAUUAAUAUCUGUGGAUGAGAAACUUCUUCAAAAACAUGCAGGCUACGAAACAUUGAUAGACAAAUAUAGAGCCGAUAUUUUAUUAAAUGAUCAAUUGCAACUUAAACAAAAUGUAAUCAAUUAUUUGGAGAAUCCAAUCCCAAUGCCUGAACGAAAAAAACAUAAAAUGGAUUUCAGUUGUGUUAAAGUAUGUUUGACUUCUUGUAAUACGAUCGAUACAGAGGUAACUGAUAUGGUUAUUAAUAAAUGGUUGAAAAACUUAGGUUGUACAGAUGCUGUUCUUUGUUACUCCCCAAUAUUAACAUUAAUUGAUUUUGGUGGAAUAUUUAUUUCAACAAAAGAUCAACUCGGGGGUUUAGAAAAUUUCCCAAUACAUAACUCCUCUCUAAAAUUACAAGAUGAUAUUUAUGUCAAUAAAGAUAAGCUCAAAGUCAAUACUAUAGAAGCUAAUAUCACAGCAAUGAUAAAUUCUUCACAGACAUUUAAAGAUUAUAUUAGACUACAAUCAUUUGGUUAUCCUAUUCCAGGCACCACGCUCUGUGUUGUAAAUCCUGAUGAUGCCACUCUAGUUCCUGAGUUAUGUGUUGGCGAGAUUUGGUUAUCUUCAAAAAAUUUAGUAAACGAAUUUUAUCAAAUGGAUAAAGUAAAUGAUUUUGUAUUUAGGGCAAAAUUAAAUUACGCCAAAAUGUUUUCCUUUAUUAAUGAUGGACCUCAAGUUAAUGACAACACUUCUGUAGAUAGACUAGAAACUAUCUAUAACAUAUGUCCGCCUAAUACUCAAUUUUUAAGAACCAAAUUAAUGGGUUUUAUCCACAAUGGCAAAAUCUAUGUUCUUUCUUUGAUAGAAGAUAUGUUUCUUCAAAACAAGUUGAUUAGACUUCCAAAUUGGUCUCAUACAUCUGAUAUAUCAAGAACUUGCAAAUCUUCUUUUUACACAUCAACGAAUAACAGUAUUUCAAACAUUAAUGCCUCAAAACAUAGUUCCAUUUCAGAUGGAUCCAACUUUGAAGGUUCAGAGACUAACUGGACAACAUCAUACAAAGGAAAACGUAUUGUUGAAACUCAUUACCUACAACAAAUUACGGAAACACUAGUUAGAACAGUAAAUACAGUCUCUGAUGUAAGUGCCUUUGAAUUGAAUAGGUACAAAGACGAACACUUCUUAGUACUAAUAGUUGAAAGUUCUUUGGCAAAAAAUUCAAAUGUUAGUUUACUAAACAGUGAACAAAAUUUUUUAAUUAAGACAAAUAGCCAAAAGGAAUCAUUUGAAAGAAAAAUGAAUGAGUUAACGGAUCAAAUCUAUCGUAUUCUUUGGAUAUUUCACAAAAUUCAACCAAUGUGCAUCUUAGUAGUACCACAAAAGUCAUUACCAAGACGUUAUUGCUCUUUGGAAUUAGCUAAUAGUACAGUCGAGAGAAAAUUUAUUAAUGGGGAGCUUAAUUCAAAAUAUGUCAAAUUUCAAUUUGAUAAUAUCAUUCUUGACUUUAUCCCACAUUCUAGUUAUUAUAAUGAAAGCAUAUUUUCAGAACAUUUGUCAAAAUUAAGAAGGUUAUAUAUUGAGAGGAAGAACAUUAUUGAACAAAAAAAGACUAAUGGACUAACCAAAUGGCAAACUUCUGGUAUAGAUUAUAGAGAAACAUCUUAUGAUUCAAGAAACCCGCAGUUAAAACUGUCUGACUAUAAAUCGAUAACAGAGAUUUUAGAAUGGAGGGUACGCACAACCCCAAAUGAGUCUGCGUUUAGUGACGGUGGCAAUACAGCCUCUUCAGGCAAUUAUAACAAUGAAAAUAAUAUUCAAAAAAAUAUUUCCUAG